AAACCUGUUAGUUCUGUUUCUAACGCGAUAGAGAAACCAAGACCUUCUUCAUUCAUCUCGUAACGAACCACAAGCUGCAAGAAGAUGAUGAUGAUUGUUUUGGUACGAAGAUUUUAAGGCACCAAUUUGUGUGUAAAUUGCAGAGCACUGUACUAGAGUAUUGGGUUUAAUAAGGAGGUAGCUGUAUCCUUGCACUCUACUGCUUUUGUUGUUGUUGUUGUUGUAGUGUCCUUUUUUAGUUAACAUUGUUGUUUAUGGUGGAAAUGCGGUGUUGGAUCAGUUUUUGAACCUAGAUGAUUGGAAGUGCAAUCCUUGUUUAUGUAGUGGAAGUCUUGUGACUCUUCCUUGGUCAAUCUUCGCAAAUUUGAUAGGCUUCAAAGGCGCGAGGCGUCUAAGAAAUUGAGUGUGUUUUGCUGUCGAGGCGCAGAGGCGGCGAAGGCGCUGUUCAAGGCGGAGAAAGCGCAGAAAACGCGUCCGGAGGCGUUAAAGGCGGACGCUCCAGUUUUUUUUUUUUUUUUUUUUACAACACCAAAACACUGUGGGUUAAAAGUCCUAUAGGUUCACGAGCUGAAGUCAUUUUUGGUUUCCUCCAGCCUUCUCCAUCAAAACUCCGUCUCCUUCCCUCUCAAAUCCCAAUUCCCAAAGCCGCAAUUUGAUAAAAUGGUCAAGAGCCCAUUGGUUCUCUCAAGGAUUUCGCUGUAAAAGGAGGCUGUUUGCAGAUUUGGAGAAAGAAAUUUUCUUACUUUCAGAGUUGUAGUUCGAUAUUUGAGUUCGAAUUGAUGUUUUGUAGUUCUGUUUCAAUUGAAGUUUAUCUGAUUUUGAUUCUUCGUAUAUUUGAGUUUGAAAUGAUGUUGUGUUCCAAUCGAAGUUUAUUGCUUGACUCAGGUUUAUUUUGAAAAUUCUUAGCAUUCAAUACUUUUUUCAAUAAGAGUGGUGUUGACAGGUGUAUCUCAGGAUUAACCCCAAAAGACAAUUCUUCUUUUAAUAUGCUUAUCUUUGUUUAACUUAUGAGGUGAGGCUUGGAAGUGGAAUUACAUCUGGAAGGUUCAUAUUUAGGAGGCUUGGAUGCUGUGAGGUUUGUUUCUGUGAGGCUUUCUUCAAUAAGAGUGGUGUUGACAGUUCUGUGACCUUGGGUUAUAUAUGUGGCUUCUUUGGGUGAUUUAUGUAUAGGUAACUAGUAACUACAUUCUAAUCGUAUUCCUAUAAACUCUGUGGGUUAUAUAUGUGUGCACUCGUUUCCAACUUUGUUAAGCCGAUACAGAGACCAAAAUAUGAUGCUAUUCAAUUCUAUUAGUCUGAGGCUAUAUCAUCUGUAGGUCUGAGGCUAUUCAAUUCAAUGUUGUUCUGUUUAUGAUAUAGCAAUUUCCAUCUAUUUAGCUGUUCUGUUCAUAGAAAAACUAUGCUUUGAAGUUCCAAUCUACUUGGUUGUUCUGUUUAAGAUAUAAGUUGAUAUAAGUAAUUAAGUAUAGGCAUUUUGAAUAUCAGUAAUGGUGCAUGACUUGCUUUUUUAUCACCCUUUCGAUUGAUGAGUUCUGUAAUUCAAUGGUUUAUGUGUGCUCCUUUGUGUUCUGAAACUUUACUUAGUUGGAUUCAGCUUUACUUACAUAUUAACGAGAAAGGCUUACGCCUUACUGAGGCUCUCCCGAAAAUGCCUCGGCUACGCCUUAGCCUUUUAAAACAUUAUUUGCUAUCUCUUGGCCAAACGCUGAUUCUUAUAGUAGCCAUGGCAGGUUGGAACUUCAUUCACUUCACAUGCUUCAUAAUUUUGCCUGGCUAGAGUCCUUUAGUCUUGGCUAGACUUGGUGGAGCUCAGAAGAAUUGGAUUGAUAAUGGUGUUGGCGUUAUCUUACUAUCUAGUUCACACAUUGAAAACCCAAUUGGCACUCAUGGAGUGCGUGUCCAAGGAAUAGUGACUAAUUAUAAGGAGGCUAGUGCUUUGAGCUUCAUCUUAUCCUUAGCCGGAGUUAAACAUUUUGUAAUGUUACGCCUGGCUUCCAAUAUUCUACAAAGAAGCUCAUCUAGAACUCUUGCAUCAUCUCGUGAUUUCUCAUUGCAAUUGUUACUCCAACAUAUUUGCCCACAGCAACAAGACGAUUUCCAGCACCAACAACGGAGUUGUUACUUUGGGCAGUCAAAGGCGUCGAGCCCUAGCCUCUCGAUAUGGAGGCGCAAGAAAGAGAUGGGCAAGGAGGGCCUCAUCGUCGCUAAGGAGCUCAAAAGGCUCCGCUCUCAGCCCCUCCGCCUCGAUCGCUUCAUACGCUCCCACGUGUCCCGUUUGCUCAAGUCUGAUCUUCUGGCUGUUCUUGCCGAGUUUCAGAGACAAGACCAGGUCUUUCUCUGUAUGAAGAUCUACAAUGUGGUGCGCAAAGAGAUUUGGUAUCGACCAGACAUGUUCUUUUACAGGGACAUGCUUAUGAUGCUUGCAAGAAAUAGAAAGGUGGAUGAAGCAAAGCAAGUUUGGGAAGAUUUGAAGGGGGAAGAAGUUUUGUUUGAUCAGCAUACUUUUGGGGAUAUUAUUAGGGCUUUUCUAGAAAGUGAAUUGCCCUCGGAAGCAAUGGGUAUAUACGAUGAAAUGAGAGGAUCUCCUGAACCCCCUAUAUCACUGGCAUUUAGAGUUAUAUUGAAAGGGCUUCUUCCAUACCCAGAAUUGCGGGAGAAGGUGAAAGCUGACUUCUUGGAGUUAUUUCCAGAUAUGAUUGUCUAUGACCCCCCUGAAGAUUUGUUUGAAGAUCAAGAAUGGAAAAGUGAAAGCAAAGAUGAUUACUAAUGCACUUGCUCACGCUCCAUAAAUGAUUUUUUUCAUCUUCAGAAGCUAAAAUCAUCAGCAACUGCUAAGUGCAAUCAAAUGCCCGUGGAAUUUGAAAGAAAAUAUCUUGGUUUUGUACUGGUACAUCUGCUCACGGAUCAUCCAACGAGGCAGCGAUUAAGUUUGAGUUGCAACAAAGGCUCUAAACUCUCAUUAAUGCAAUGAGGUUUGCGUGUAAUGUCUAUGCAAUGUUGUCACGCAGUUUUUAUUUUUAUUUUCUUUUAAUACAUCAAUACUUUGAUUAAACAACAGAAUAAAUUACAAUUGAGAACAUAUAACACAGAGUUUGAGUAGUAAGCCCAUACUUUUUGAGA